AGUUGCUAUCUUUACCUCACUUCUAAUAUAAAUACAAUCAGUUUGCGUAUCUAAAUAUUCAAUGCCAACUUAAACACCUCAUCUGCCAAUCCUACACUCCAAAUCUUUCCCUCUUCCCUUUUCCAAGUCUUGAUUGAAGAAAUGGAUGCUCAGGAAAUAAAUUAUGUUUGUCAAAGUUACCCAAAUGAAGAGGAUGCAGACAUAAGGAAAGGUCCAUGGACAGUAGAAGAGGACGCCAUACUUACUGAGUAUGUUAAAGUUCACGGCGAAGGACGGUGGAAUUCUGCUGCACGAUGCUCAGGAUUGAAACGGACAGGUAAAAGCUGUAGAUUGAGAUGGUUAAACUACUUGCGACCAGAUGUUCGACGUGGAAACAUAACCCUUCAAGAACAGCUGUUGAUUCUUGAACUCCAUUCUCGUUGGGGCAACAGGUGGUCAAAAAUAGCGCAGUACUUGCCUGGAAGAACAGACAAUGAGAUAAAGAACUACUGGAGGACAAGAGUACAAAAGCAAGCGAAGCAACUCAAAUGUGAUGUUAAUAGCAAACAAUUCAGAGACGCCAUGCGCUAUAUCUGGAUGCCAAGAUUGAUUGAGCGAAUCCAGGCAUCAUCAUCCGGGUCUUCCACGGGUCAACCCACCACCAUCGUCAAUCAUAAUGAUCAUAUAGCAGCAGCAGCAGGCGAAACAGAGUGGCGAGUCGACCCAAAUCUCAUACCGGAGCCAUCAGGAACUUCGUCGGACUCUUUAGACCCGGUGUCAGACCUGACAGAGUAUCAAAACCAAAGCAGCGAGGAAUACUAUAAAGAAAACGGGUCGGGUAGUUGGGCAGGAGAAGUGGAAAUGGAGAGUAAUGGAUUAAUACUAGAUGGAGGAGAGUCAUUGGAGAGUAUAUGGAAUGAAGAGAAUAUAUGGUUUCUGCAGCAGCAGCUAAUGUGAUAAUAAGAAUUUGUUUACGUGACGCAUCAUCAAGGCACAGACAGAACCUUCUGAGAAUUCCUCAUCUUUGGUGAUUCUAAAUUACGUAGCAUUUUACGGCAGCUAACACUACCAUACUUCUCAUUUUUAUUCUUAUUUCUUUUUCUAUUUCUAUUUCAUUUACAUACAAACAGUAGUUUGUUUGUACAUUAUACAUUGAUGGACGUAACCCAAUCAACAAAUGCCUUUUAUGUAUAAUCUUCUUGGCUUAAUCCAUAUUUUGGGCACCUAAAUUUUAGUUUAUCAAUGUUAUUUUAACAUCUUAUUUUUAAA